AUGAUUUCAUGGGUCCAUGCUGCAGCCUGGAGCCAGCUGGCAAAGUCUGCGCCUCAGAUCGUACAAGCUAGCGUCAUAAGUCAGCCGCAAGGGCGAGUGUGUGCCCAGGAAGAGCGCCAGGCCCUUCCGCCUUUGCCAGAGCAAGGCAACUCCACAGCUGAGCUCCUGGAGAGAGUCCGGUUGUCACUGAAGGACGAGCAUCUGCGUUUGAAGGAUUUGCCGGAGACGCGGUCCGCGGACUUCUCCAAGGCCCUGCAGGAGUUGGGCUUUUCCUCGGCUUUAGACAGGGUCAAGAUCGCCAAGGCCAUCAACACCCUGCGCGACAAGGAAGUUGGAAGCGUAGCAAAUGAGGUCAAUCCGGAAACCUGGGACACUGCCAAGUUUGACACAUGGCAAUAUGAUGAAAUGUCCAAGCUGCAAAAGACAGAGGCAAAGAACAUGGUGAAGGAUUUUGUUAAGACCAUGGUUCAGGGUCGGCGGCUUCAAGCAAUUCGAGCGGAUUCUGGCGAAAUAGUGGAUGCCCAGGUCUGCCUGAACAAGAGGGUUGAUAGGUUGACUGUUGAUGUUGGAGACAAGACUGGUCCCAUAGUCACAGAACUGUGCGACAUCCUUGACGUAGUGGCGAAUGCGGAGCCGAAUCUGUCAGUCACGGUCAAGACCGCGUUGAAGAUCAAGGCAAUCCAUGCUCCUGAGCUCCUCUUGCCCGCUGUCAGUAAUACCAUCCAUAGCAGUGACGUGGCAGGUGACUUCGAGCAGGGCUUCUACCCGGGUGCGGGCAACAUGUAUGGACAGGACAUCGCAGACCAGAUGGCGGCAGCACAGCGUUUGAUUGAGAAGCUGGUACCUGCAGGAGCAGCAGAUGCGGAGAUUCUAGGCCCCGACGAGUUUGGCCAGGGCCAGAACUGGAUUCUCCAAGGAAAGGUUGGUGAUAUCUUCAGGAUCACCUUCACUCGAUACGUCCGCCGUGGUAAGGAGACCCGAAGCAUUAGUUGGGAGCACGUUGGCCAUGAAAACGUCGACUUCGAGGAGAGAGCCAAGUCGCACAAGUACUACUUGGUUGGCUCUUGGAACCAGUUUCGCGAGUGCAAGGAAAUGUUCAGAGACACUGAGCGCGCUGAUGGGAGAUGCGUCCUCAAGCAGGAAGUGACCAUCGGCAAGACUCGCACCGAAAAGUUCCAGAUCCUGUUGAAUUGCAAUUUCCUGGCAGCAGUGCACCCUGCCGCUGACGAAACGACUCCUGAUGGCUAUGACCUUAUGGGUCCAGAUGAUGCAGGUUCAGGAAAGUACUGGGCCAUGGGCAUCUCAGACUCAGAUCGGCUUGACGCAGGAGACCACGUCAUGGUCUACUUGGAGCUCUCUCAGGGAUUGCCCAAACAUGUCUGGUGGGAGAGAUUUGACUCCCCAGACGCGCAUCAAGAGUACCUGGCCGCCGGAUCUCAGCGUGUGUUCGAGAGGCACAUGCGCCUCAUGGGCCUGAUUCCGUGGCAGAGUGAUGACAAGCCAGCGAGACUUGAAAAUCCGCCAGAAUGGUACGGUGGUGGGCGUGACAGAGAGGACUUGGUCAUGAAGAACGUGUUCGUCUUGACCCAGGAGAUGCUGGAUCCCAACUACGGAAAAAAGGACGAGGAGGCAGAGCGCUUCGCCUUACCUGACAAAGUUCCGUUCGAGGAGCUGAACCUGACAGCGGAGCAGGUUGUGGAGUUCAAGCAGGUCUUCGAUGAGUACAUGGAAGACCUGGAUGGAGCUUUGACGCGCAAAAACAUCAGCAAUCUCGUCCGAGCGGUGGGAUUGAACCCAUCCAAGUCGGAUCUCAAUACCAUCAUCAAGCAGGCAGACUCUGAUGGAAGUGGCGACCUUGACUUUGAGGAGUUCAUGAUCAUCGUGGCGCAAGUGAUUGCCAUGACUCCAACUCCAACGCCCGAGGAGUACGAGCGCGACAUGCGCGAGCUGUUUGAGGCUAUCGACCUUGACGGCAGCGGAUUCAUCAGCUCGCGCGAGCUGAUUGUGGCUCUCAGCACGAAAGGCCCGGAUCCCAUGGAGCCUGAAGAAGUCAAGAAAGUGCUUGGCCGAAUCGACAAAGAUGGCGAUGGUAAGAUGAACUUCAGGGAGUUCUGCAAGAUCAUGGAUGGCUGA